GUGCCUGCGGCGCGGGGAAACUCCAGCCCUGCGCGCAGUAACCCAAACUCCACAGCUGAUAGGGUUUGGGCCCAUUAAACCGCUGCACUGUUUCUGUGGCUCUCACGAGGUCGCGUUCCCCGAGGGAAACCCCAGUCUCUGACUCUGUCAUUCUCGCCAGCGGCCCCCUGGCUCGCUCGUCUGGGUCUUUCGAAGAAGAGAGGGGCAAGCAGGUUGAUACUUGCUGACCCUUGGUGUUCUUCAUUUUCAUUCUAUGAGGAAAUCCUUUUCCUCCACCUCCCUCGAGUCUUGAUCCUGCCAGAGGGUAGACUUGGGCAUGUGGGAUCUUAACUGGCCAACCAAGGAUCGAACCUGCACCCCCUGCAUUGGAAGGCAAAGUCUUAACCACUGGAUCUCCAGGGAAGUCCCUCGGCUAAGUUCUAUAGAUCUCAGCUAACUGGACAAUGGCAGUUGAGUAGGUUUUGAAAAAUGUCUGAAGUUUAGUGGACUGCAUCUACCUUCUCCCCAUCUACCUUUUCCCCGUCCUUUACAAAAGAAUAAAUGGAAUGUUUGAGAAGAGAGCUGUAUUAAAAGAAGAGUGUUACAAAUGGCUUCAGAAUCUGUAAAUGCAAAACAAGCUAGGAAUCGCUUCACAAAGGGGAAGAGGCAACAGCACCAGCAAGUAAAGAACAGAUCUUCACUUGGUGAUGGUGAUGGAGAAGACUCCUUUAUCUUUGAAGCAAAUGAAGCUUGGAAAGAUUUUCAUGGUUCUCUUCUUCAGUUUUAUGAAAAUGGAGAACUCUGUGAUAUCACAUUGAAGGUUGGCUCAAAGCUAAUCUCUUGUCACAAACUGGUAUUGGCUUGUGUUAUUCCCUACUUCAGAGCUAUGUUUCUCUCUGAAAUGGCUGAAGCCAAGCAAACACUGAUUGAGAUCAGAGAUUUUGAUGGUGAUGCAAUAGAAGACUUGGUAAAGUUUGUCUAUUCUUCACGACUCACUUUGACUGUUGACAAUGUCCAGCCUCUCUUAUAUGCAGCCUGUAUUCUACAGGUUGAACUGGUGGCUAGAGCUUGUUGUGAAUACAUGAAGUUACAUUUUCAUCCCUCCAAUUGUCUGGCAGUAAGAGCCUUUGCAGAAAGUCACAAUCGAAUAGACUUAAUGGACAUGGCGGAUCAGUAUGCCUGUGAGCAUUUUCCUGAAGUGGUGGAGUGUGAAGACUUUGUAAGUGUGUCACCCCAGCAUCUCCAUAAGCUUUUGUCCUCCAGUGAUCUAAAUAUUGAGAAUGAAAAGCAGGUCUAUAGUGCAGCCAUCAAGUGGCUUCUUGCCAAUCCUCAGCAUCAUUCCAAAUGGUUGGAUGAAACACUUGCACAGGUUCGUUUGCCGCUGUUGCCGGUUGAUUUUCUUAUGGGUGUUGUGGCAAAAGAACAGAUUGUCAAACAAAAUCUAAAAUGUAGAGAUUUAUUGGAUGAAGCAAGAAAUUACCACCUUCACUUGAGUAGCAGAGCAGUACCUGACUUUGAAUACUCCAUUCGGACUACCCCAAGGAAACAUACUGCUGGUGUGCUAUUUUGUGUAGGUGGUCGCGGUGGAUCGGGUGACCCCUUUCGCAGUAUCGAAUGCUAUUCUAUCAACAAAAACAGUUGGUUCUUUGGACCAGAAAUGAACAGUCGAAGGCGACAUGUGGGUGUAAUCUCAGUGGAAGGUAAAGUGUAUGCAGUGGGUGGACAUGAUGGAAAUGAACAUUUAGGUAGUAUGGAGAUGUUUGAUCCUCUCAAUAAUAAAUGGAUGAUGAAGGCAUCAAUGAACACAAAGAGGCGAGGAAUUGCCUUGGCCUCCUUGGGAGGCCCAAUUUAUGCAAUUGGAGGGUUAGAUGACAACACUUGCUUCAACGAUGUUGAGAGAUACGACAUAGAAUCUGAUCAGUGGAGUACAGUGGCACCAAUGAAUACUCCCCGAGGAGGAGUUGGCUCUGUGGCUCUUGUGAACCAUGUUUAUGCAGUAGGUGGCAAUGAUGGAGUAGCUUCUCUAUCUAGUGUGGAGAGGUAUGAUCCACAUCUCGAUAAAUGGAUAGAAGUUAAAGAAAUGGGUCAGCGAAGAGCAGGCAAUGGAGUUAGUGAGCUCCAUGGUUGCUUAUAUGUUGUUGGUGGUUUUGAUGAUAAUUCUCCUCUGAGUUCAGUUGAGCGGUAUGAUCCUCGAAGCAACAAGUGGGAUUAUGUAGCAGCCCUUACCACUCCCAGGGGUGGAGUGGGGAUCGCAACAGUGAUGGGCAAAAUCUUUGCAGUUGGUGGUCAUAAUGGCAAUGCAUACUUAAAUACAGUAGAAGCAUUUGAUCCAGUGCUGAAUAGGUGGGAGCUUGUUGGAUCUGUGUCUCACUGCAGAGCUGGAGCAGGUGUAGCUGUGUGUGCCUGUUUAACUAGCCAAAUUCGAGAUGUAGGUCAUGGAUCCAGUAAUGUGGUUGACUGUAUGUGACUUGAACUCCAGCCACCAACAAUUUAAUAACAUCUGAUAGGCAAGAAAGACUACCAGUAUUUUGUAAUGGCCACCUUUGAACAAUUUUAACUACUACUAGAGUCUCAUUUAAAUGUAAACUGUUGUAUUGUGACUAAGUGCAACUUUUGAAAUGGUAGCUGAAACUACUAGUAAUAAAGUUCAUACUUCCCACUUUAACAAAUAAUGAAGUAGGGAAGGAAGACACUCUAACCUGAAACCAUCUCUCCUCCAAAAAAAAUGUGUUUAAAGGAGUGCCAAAACCUUGAAAUUCCUUUUUUUAAAAAGUGUGUAUGAAUCAAAAUGUAAAAUGAAGUCAUUUGCUGAGCUUUUGCCUAAAGGUGUUAACCUUAGGCAGUGGAUUUUUCCUAGAGGGGAGAUUGGAACCUAUUCAUCAACACAAGGAUAUCAGGACACAUAACAGACCUGCUCCAUUUGAAGAUCUUUUCUACUUGGUGCUGAUGAAUUUAUGCCUUGCUUUUUCUAGGUGUUGAGUUUUCAAUUCCUUGGCUAUUACAGAAAUAGGAAAAAUGUUUCAUCUUUCUGAGUGCCCUUUAGUUGUGUUUUCAGAAGCUUAUAGGAAUGCUGUGGGAAGCCCUUAAUUUCAGUUUGAAUUGUUAGGACACCAAAAGAUCUAACUGAACUAAUUCCCUCUGAACGAAUCUGCAGUUUUAUUUUUUCAUUGCAUGCCGAAAGGAUUUGUUUCAUAAUCAAAAAUUGAACCAGAGGGGAUAUUAGAGGAGAAGGCUUUAAAUUCGACAUUAUUCUAGUGCCCAUUUGAGAGCCUUGAGAGGGAAUGGUGUCCAUUACAUGACUCCCUAAUGAGGAGACUCCAAAAAUAUGUUUAACACUCUUCUUUGAUUUAGUCAUUUCAUUUUGAACCCAAGAUUUAUUAUCUAUUUUGUUAUUUGCCACCAUCAUAGUUUUUCUAAACUGUACAGAGUCUGGAUUUAUUUAUUUUCAGUAAAUGAAUGCAUUUUUACAAAAACCCUUUAUAGAUUGUAGUUGAACUGUUGAAUACUUCAAGUCCAUCAUUACCAAUAAAAGAUACUGUAAAAACAGAAAGAUUGAAACUGUUUUUCCUGUUAUAUUUAAUUCUCUCCAGUAUAUUUAUUGAACUUUAAUUGAAAAUAUUUCUUUAGAUUACUUUAAAGCCCAGGAUAUUGAUAUAUCUACUGAUCUAACAGCUCUUCAUGGUUUUAGCAGCAUUAUAAAGUGGCUUAUUUGUUACAUGUGUAUAUUUUUAUAAAUAUUUAUGAAGAAUAUUAAAAUAUUAUAUUUUGUAUUUGCAGUGCAAGUUUGGUACCUCUCUUUUAGGCCUUCCUAAAUUUUCCUUUAGUCAUGCCUUAGAAUUUAGUAUAGUUUACUGCUGUCAGUCAUCUUGUUCACAAGGAAGCUGCGGCAAUGAAGAACACUACUCCGUCUGUCCAGCCCUGAAGCUCAUUGCCUAGUAGCUGUGAUGGUCCUUAUUAAAUGGCAACCUAGGCUUGUCAGUACAGUAAGGCAGAAGGCCACAUUCCAAAAGCCAGUGCCUUGGAUAUAUUAGAUCAAAAAAAUAAGAAGAAAAAAUUGUAAGUGGGCUCAGCUAGCAGAUAAAGGUCUAUCGUGAAGCAGAUUUAAAUGUCCCAGUUUUUUGCUGUCAGCCUGUGGGCAAGUCCAUAAGUCAUUGCUGGAUCUGAACCAGUGUUCUCUUGUACAAUUGUAACCGUAUUUCAGUCAAUCCCAAAAGCAUUUAACUCCGUAGCACUCAGUGGACUGGCUACAACUGGCUGGAUGUGGAGGAUAAGGCUCAAAACCUGGCUUCAGCUAUUUCUUAUGUCUAAUGGAGUUCUUGUAUUAUAAUGCUUGUCUAGGUAUGGUUACUAGUGUGUUACAUGUAUUUUUGUGGGGGAGGGGAUCUUUUAUUCUUUCUAAGAUCAUUUAAAAUGUUUUUUUCUUUAACAUAUUUCUGCCUUUGUCAUGUGUAUAGCAUUUAGGAACAUGAAGGUGUUACAUUUCCAUUACUGGUUUUAUCUAUACAGUAGUCAUCUAACAUUACUAAGUUGGUACCCUAGCUACCCAUAAAAUAUGAACUACUCAUAAGGGAAGUAAAGUGAAGUAAAUGGAACAUGUGGCUGGCUGUUACAUCAUGUGUGGGUAGUCAGAAGCACAGCCUUGAAGGACCUGACAAUGGUUUGAAAAAUUAAUAGUAGAGUCAAUAUGCACCGUCUCUUUAUUAGAAACAUAUUCUUUGAGAUAUGAAAUGUGAAUCAGGCUGAAGGAAUCAUGCAACUGAAAGGUGAUUAUAUUCACAGGAACAGAAGGAUGAAAUAUUCAAAGAAGAUGGCUACUUAAUUGUGAGGCCUAUCCCUUUAACCUCAGAUGUUAAGAUCACCUACCAAAAAGACAUAAAGUAGAGCUAAAAUUCUAAAUUAUAAAUGGAAAAAAGAAAAAGUAAAAAUUUGCAUAUUUCUUUGAAAAGUAUUUCUAGUUGCUUCUGUGUGAUUCUCCCGAAUAGUUAUUAAAGCCACUGCUUUUACUGUGUUGUACUGCCACUUUAAAAACAAAUUACUUGAUACUGUUUUUGACUAAUUUCAUUAUAUUCUGUGUAACUAAUUUAUUUUUAAAUGUUUGAAUAAACUGUGUACUCUAAGGAGUAUUAUUCAUUCUCUUAAUUCCUAAAUGCAUUUUAAACUUACAGUGCUGUUAAAUGCCUAGAUAAGAGAUUGUUGAAAUUGCAGAAACUACUCUUGCAAAUGGUACACUUGAGUGUUUUGUUCCUUUUUUCUCCAUGUCUUAUAUCAUAGAAAAUGCAUUUAGAAUCUAAUUCAUGUCUUAUUGGUUAAGAAUGUUUUCUGUGGUUUCUUGUAUCAGACUUCUAAAGAAAUUAUAUUGGGGUGUCAUUGACUCUGUCUCUUUUUCUCCUUUAUGUGGAGUAAACAAGUGGCAAUAAAACUUCUCUAUAAUAUUUUCUUAAAACCAUGUAUUAGUGUAGUAGUAUUCCAGCAAAUCAAAAUAAUAAAUUAUCAUAUAUACUACCAAGUACUGAGAUCAGAAAGUUGCUAUUUAUUGAUUCAAAAUAUGUUGCAUGUACCUAUUAUAAGUAGGAACUUCUUCCUAUGUAGUGUUCAUAACUUUGCUUUUCAUUGUUUGAUUGCUUUUAUAGAAUCUUUUCAAAACUAUGUAAUUGUUUAUUCUUGAUCCUUCAAAUACAAAAUUGAUUUAGUAGUUGCUGGAAUAUUUUU